CUUAAAGGAAAUUGCAACAUGUGCUGAGGGCUCCAGAAAAAAAGGAAGUCGAAGCUGGAGAGGACACAUCUGAGCUAAGAUUUGUCUUCUCUUUUUAAAGAUGUUUUGACAGGAUUUCAUGUGACCUGAGAAGGCUGUCUGCCUUUAAGGAAGGACUUCAACAACAUCAGGCGGCCAUGGGCCGGUGGUCAACCCUAGGAAGCCUUCUGUUUUUCCUCGGGCUAUCUGGGAUCUGUACAGGAUUCGAACAAGAGAACUGUACCAACUACUGGCUCCAGUUCGAUAGGGUUUACUCGGUUCCCGGGGAAGUGGCUAUGCUGAACACCACCCUGGCGUCUUAUGACGUCUUCAACAUUUCUGCGGUGCCCUACAACAUCACCUGGUACGACUCAAAGACGCGACAAGAAAUAAGUAACGAGACCGGACGAACCGUGGUGCGCGGAGAGACUCUGUGGUUUCUGAACACAAAGCUGGACGACGAUGGAGAAUACGUGAGCGUACUGAGAACUCCCUCUGGGUGCUACAGGAAGAACACCAAGCUGAUAGUGGAGCUGCCGGUUCAUGGAAAGUGUGGCAGGCCGAGGAAAGCUGGCCAAACGAUCACCAAGGGGGUCACCGACUACCUGGGCUGCCCUCUGAAGGAAUACAUCAGCAAACUGAACAGCUACAACACCACCUACUCCUUGAUGUGGUACAACGGCUGUGUCCUCAUUGUGGAUGGGAGUGACGGCUAUAGCUACGAGGAUAACGCCAAACUGAAGAUUGAUAAGGUGGAAACUAAAAACCAAGAGUUCUACACCUGCACUCUGACCUUCACUCUCGAUGGCACCGUCGGAUCUGUUUCAGAGUCGAUUGAGGCGUGGGUCAAUGCAAAGUACUCUUUGACCCCACAAGUGCGUCAACCAGCCGGUGAGAUAAUCAAGGCACCGAUAGGGUCAACUUUCAGCCACCUGUGCCAGGUGUUUGUGCCUUGUGUCGGGAAGCCUUCGGUUGAUGUUUUUUGGUUCGUCCAAAGCGAUUCAAUUACGGAAACAAACCCCUCCGAACGUGUCUACACAUCAGAGAAACUGACUAGGAGCGAGACUGUUCCUGUUGAGGGUGUGUGGAUGGAGCGUGUGCUGACGAUUUCUAAGCUACAGGAGAAGGAUUACAACAUCAACUACACUUGUUAUGCGUUCAGUGCCAGAGGAAACCCUCAGAGCUACUUUACUCUGCUGCCAACAGAUCCAGACAUGAGACUUCCCAUUGGAAUGAUUCUUGGAAAUGUGGCGGUUCUCUUUAUCGUCUCCGUCAUCCUCUACUACCUUUUUAAAGUCGACAUUGUGCUCUGCUUUCGGAGGAUGUUUCCAGUCUUCUAUACAAAUACAGAUUCGGAUGGGAAGCUGUAUGACGCCUAUGUGGCGUACUCUCAGCCCAACACAGAGGGAUUCAGCAAUGAAGUGGAGGCGUUUGUCUUUCACACACUACCCGAAGUGUUGGAAAAGGCCUGCGGCUACAAACUCUUCAUAGCGGGCCGUGACUGCAUCCCCGGGAUGGCCAUAGUGGACUCGGUGGAAGAGAACAUUCAAGGAAGCCGGCGCCUCCUCCUGCUCUACACCGCCUCCACUUUCAUGAGAAAAAGACUCACAAGCAGUAUCAGUAGCAACAACAACAACAUCACAAAGAGCAGUGACAGCAGGGAUAGCACCGAAAACAGCAAAAUCAAGAAGGAAAGUGACCGCAGCAGCAACAUGAGUUUCGAUGGCGGUGAAGAAAACUAUCCAGACUCAAGACAGCAGCUGGAGCGUCUGGCAGCGAUGCACAGGUCUCUGCUGGAGGGAUCUCUCAAGGUGAUUCUGGUGGAGCUGGAAGAGAUCACCCCUGCUCAGCUGGCCCUCUUCCCAGAGUCGGUGCGUCACCUGAGGAAGAAGCAGGGCGCCGUGUGUUGGUGGAAGAACCAGAGCAGGGCGGGAAGAUGGAGGACAUGUAUGAGGACGAAAGAGGACGAGGAGAAAGGUGGACAGUUAUCGCAAACACUCUCCCCUUCCUCCAGGUUUUGGAAGGAGAUGAGGUACCAUAUGCCGGUAAAGGGCAAGAGGGCGAUGUGCCCCGAGAAAGCGACCCUGUUGAACGUGUGAUGAGGUCAUGAGAGUAUCUCGAUUCCAAUGUAAAUGUGUAUUGAUCCUCUGAACAGAGAGACAAUUAAGAAAUGCUGUGUUGUCACAACAAGCUGAGGAUACAUGCUGAGAACCAAAAGGUACUCUUUAGCAGUGCUCGACUCCAACUUUUGGUACCUGGUAUUUUUCUGCUGCAGAUAAAAUACUCUUAGUAAUUAGUUGUUGAAGCUUGACACUGGGACAUUCGCUGAACGCAAACAAAAAGGAACGUCUGCGAUUCGCCGACGAUAUACCUUAAUGCCACGCUAAGGGACGAUUAUUUCUGGCCAAUCCGUGGUCUGCAGUGUUUUCAUCACGCUACGAAGGUGGUGCCAAUAUAACGCUGCGUUCCCUUUCCGUUGGAAGUUGGAGGUCGGGACUAGGAGUGACGUCACAUCUGAGUCGACUGCGUUUCAGUAGCACAUGUUGGAAAAGAUGGACGGAAAGUUAUUUGCCUUGAUGUAACUACUCUUUUUUGUUGUAUUUUGUCAACACAAACAUCGUAGCAGCAUAUCCACAGAUAGAAUAUGAGCAGUACCAAAUGUACAGUUGAUUUAAUGUGACACAAAUAAUACAGAAGAGCUAAAAAAUGUUAUUUAUCAAAGAGGAUCUCAGGUAUAUUGAGGUAUCUCCCAGUUUCCGAGGUAGGAAGUCCGACCUCAGGGGGCGUUACAGUGGAAAUGUCUGACUGUGAACACGGAUACUCCCACUUCCCAGUACAACUUGAACGCACCAUAAGUACCUGGUACUAUCUGCAACUUUUCCAAAUGGAAGACCAAACAAUAGCAAGUUGUGUUGAGUAGCAGUGGGAACACUGCAACUAUCACCAGAGCAACUUAUAACAAAAGUUGUAUUGAGUAAAAAUUCAUCAAGAGCAUCUCAUAUUUGACUUGAAGAUCGUCGGAGUUCACCAGCAUCUGUAAAUGCACUUGAAUAAUGUGGUUCAAAGGAAUGAUCGAAAUGAUCUUGUUUCACUGUAAAGUGUACAGAUGUAUGAGGACAAAUUGAAAUAUGUAAAAAGAAACAAAAAAGAAACAUGCAUUUAUUAAAGGCACAUUUGAUGCAGCAAUGUUAAACUGUUCGAAGCAGAAUACAAAGCAUAUAGGAGCUUGACUGUGUUGUCAAUAAAUGGACAUGUUGUAAAGAGAA